AUGAGCUCUUCUCGUCUUCUUUCUUCUGGGUUUUCAGUCUCUGUCCCUCGGCCUUCCUACCGCUUCCCCCCUCUUAACAUUCAAAGGGGGGCCCCCACGGGGGGCCCCCAGCCACCCCCCUUGGGGGCCCCUAGGGGGGCCCCUACGGGGGCCCUCACUGCUGCAGUGAUGCGGGGGGGAAGGCUGCAGAUGCAGCUGCAGCAACUGCAGCAGCAGCAGCAGCAAAGGGACACCACAGCAGCAGUUCCGCCUCUGCAGCUGCGCAUUCAUUUUUUAAAGAGCUGCAGCAAAGUCAACCAGCCCCAUAUACUUUCUUUUUGCAUGCGUUCGUUUAAAGUGCAUGCAAAAAGAGGUAGGAGUAGGCUGUUCUAUGAAGGGGGCCCCCCUUCAUAUAAACUCGUAUCUCAUAUAGAGGAGGGGGCCCCCUCUUGCCGUGCUGAUAGGGGCCCCCCUGCUGCUGCAGCUCUUGAUAGCAGCAGCAGCAGCAGUUUCUGCGAUUUCUACUCUUUUGUUUGUGACAAGGAACAUCUUAAUUUCAAUAGAGGAAGGUUUGAUGAUAAGGGAGAUAUCAAAGAGCUGCAGAUACACCCGAGCAGCAGCAGACAGCAGCAGCAGCAGCAAAGAGCGUGGAACCAGGGAGCAGCUGCUGCAGCUGUAGCUGCAGCAAUCCCGCUGGCUGCGGUGUCGCAUCAGCAUAAACAGCAAGAGCAGCAUGAGCAGCAGCAGCAGCAGCAGCAGCAGCAGCAAGGUUUGUUUUCUUUAGGUGCUUCUUCUAUUUGGGCACAGCUUCAGCAUUACUGCAGCGCAGAGGAGUGGGGGCAGCUGCUGCAUUGGCCUUCAUUUCUUCUCUCAGACCGCAGCAAAACCAGCAGCAGCAGCAGCAGCAGCAGCAGCAGCAGCCUUAGCAGCGGAGUGUCUUUGCUUUCUUGGGGUGUAUCGGGAUGGCUUCGUUUUUUCCGUAGUUUUUGUUCAUUUGCUGUUUGUAUAGCAGAUUAUAAAAUAACAUUUAUGCGUCUAUGGUGGAUGGGGCUGUGUGAACAGCAGCUGCGUGCAGCAGCAGCAGCAGCAGCAGCAGCAGCGGCAGCAGCAGCAUCAUUUGAUUGUGGGGAUUGUUCGCAGCAGCACUUAGCAGAGAGCGAGCGAUUGGGUGCGAAGUGCUUGCUGCUGCAGCAGCAGCAGCAGCAGCUAGAGCAGCAGGUACAUCAACGUGGAGCCGAACGGUUGCUUCGUCUUUGUGUUUUAAGAGGGGGGUUAUAUGUAAAGCUAGGGCAGUAUGUAAGCACACUGCAGCAUAUACUUCCUGCUGCGUAUAUAUCUGUGCUGUCUCAGCUACAAGAUAAGUGCUCAAGCGUCCCUUGGCCUGCAGCACAGCAGCUCUUAGAAGAAGAGUUAGGGGGCCCCCUAUCUUUAUUUUUCUGCGAGUUUAAUAAUAUUCCUGUUGCUGCUGCUUCUCUUGCACAAGUUUAUUAUGCUAAGAGAAGUACUGAUGGUGCUGCUGUUGCUGUUAAGCUGCAGCGUCCUGGUCUGGCUAGAGACAGUAGAAUAGACCUGCAGCAGCUGCGGCUUCUUGCUGCUGCUGCUUCCUUCUUCUUUCCUCAUUGCUGCAUUGCUUGGAUCUUGCCGGAGUUUCAUAGCAACAUGAAAAAGGAGUUAAAUUUUAUUCAAGAAGGAUAUAAUGCAGUGCGAGCAAAGCGCUUAUUCUAUUCAUCGCCUCAAGUGUAUAUACCCUGGGUUGAUUGGUCUUUAACUACAGAGAAGGUGUUGACAAUGGAGUUCGUACAUGGCAGCAAACUCACUGAUCUUGAUGCGCUCCAGCGGGAAGGGAUCUGCUGCAGCAACAGCAGCAGCAACAGCAGCAGCAGCAGCAGCAGCAGCAGCGGGAACAACGAGCUUGCUCACCUACUACUCACUGUCUUUGGGGAUAUGCUGCAUGUCCACGGCUUCGUCCAUUGCGACCCCCACCCAGGAAAUCUUCUCGUACGCAGAAUGCCGCCCCAGCAGCAGCAGCAGCAGCAGCAGCAGCAGCAGCAACAGCAGCAGCAGCAGCAAGUGACGCAAGGAGCGUGUGACGCCUCCUCAACAUCACCUCUUUCGCCAUCGACAGACGAAGCCUCCAACCCCAGCAGCAGCACCCCCAGCAGCAACAGCAGCAGCAGCAACAGCAGCAGCAGCAGCAGCAGCAAGGGGGAGGGUCAGCUGCAGCUGGUGCUGCUGGAUCACGGAAUGUACCGACGUUUGUCUCCCGAAUUUCGCGUUGCUUUUAGUCGUUUAUGGUUGGCGCUGCUGCUUAAUGAUGUAAGUGAAGGGAGAGAGGCUUUAAGAGAAUUAGGAAUAGGUAAGCAGCUCAAGCUGCUGCAGCAGCAGCAACUUGAGCAGCAGCAGCAGCAGCAGCGGCGGCGGGGGAUCCCCUGGCCUGCAUUCGCUCGCAGUGCUGCUGCUGCUGCUGCUCCUGCUGCUGCUGGGGGAGAAAAUAAAACGGCUUCUUCUUCUUCCUCCCCGUGGCAUCUACCGAGCAGCAGCAGCAGCUUCAGCAGCAGCAGCAGCAGCAGCAGCAGUGGGUUGUGUCUAGAUGAAGACACAGCAUUAGAUUUGCUUUCAGUUGUAUUAACAUACAGGCCUCAGUUGGGUUUAAAGACUCAGCUGGGGGCCCCGUUGCAUGCAGAAGAUAGAAGAAGAGUAAUGAUAGCUUUAGGUGGUUCGCCUAUAGAAGGGUUUAACACUGUGCUGCAGCUGCUGCAGCUGCUGCCUCGAGAUUUACUAUGGGUGCUUCGCAUGUCAUACCUUAUUAGAAGUAUUAACUGCGACUUAGGCGGAACAACUAAACAAAGACUUCUUAUUAUGGGAGCCUCUGCAUGCAAAGGUGUGCAGCUGACAGAUGCUAAACUCAAGCCUAAGCUAGAGGAAUGCAAACAGUUCCUUGCUGCUGCUGCUGCUGCUCCUGCUGCUCUUGAUCCUGCUGCUGCAGCAGAUAAACUUGCCCCUGCACAAGCAGCAUCAACAGCACCAACAGCAGCAAACAAUAACACACAGCCGCAGCACAACACUGCUACCACCGAACGCAGCAGCAGCACGGACAUCAACAGCAGCAGCAGCACCAGCAGCAGCAGCAGCACCAGCAGCAGCAGCAGCAGCAGCAGCAGCAGAAGACGAGGUUGUGCGCCUCGCUGGUACGAGCUGCCUGGAGCAGAGAGUCUGAACCUCCCUGUUGAUUCUGAAUACCCGCAUUAUGCAGCGUGGUGCUGGAGAAGAGCAGCAGCAAAAACAAACAAAACAGAGGAAGCAGACUCUACUACGCUUGCUGCUGCACAACAAUACACCGACAAGCAGCACUUGAACACUCCUCCUGCUGCUGCUGCUGCUGUUGCUGCUGCUUCUGAUGCUAAUGCUGCGGCGAUAACCGACUUGCAGGCCUGCCAGCAGCAGCGUCAAAAGCAGCAGCAGCAGCAGCAACAGCAGCAGCAGCAGCUGAGGGACCCUUUAGAAGAUCUGUACACUCAAAUGGUUUUAAUUAAUGGUGCAGAACAAGCAGAUCCUCUUGCUGCUUACAGAGGAGAGCACGGGGAGCCCCCGGGGCCGCUGCAGCAGCACCUGCUGCUGCUGCUGUUGCAGGCGAAGCAACGAGCAGCACAACUACGCCAGCAGUCUCCUCUGCUGCUGCACUCCUUGUGUGGGCCCUGCAAGAAGCAGAUACACCCGAGACUAACCUCUUGCACGCUGGCGAAUCAAGCAGACAGCAGCAGAAGCAGCAGCAGCAGCAGCAGCAGCAGCAGCAGCAGCAGCAGCAGUAAUGCUGCUGCUGCUACUGGCUCGGGCGCUGCUUACUCUUCUGCGCUAACUGUAGGUUCUCGAAUUAUGCGCAGAUCCUCUCCUGAUGCAGCAGCAGCAGCAGCAACAGCAGCAACAGCAGCAGCAACAGCAGCAUCAGCAGCAUCAUGGUUUGCUGCAAGAGACAAAACAACAGAGGCCCCCUGGGUCUCUCCGGGGCUGUUAUCUUCUGUGCGGUUGCUGCUGCUGCAGUUAGAGCUGCUGCUUACAGUAUCGAUGCUGCAGCUGCAGCUUUGGUUUGUAGAUUUGCUGCUGUACAUUGCUGUGGGGUCAACAGCUUCGCAGCAACCGCAGCGCCGCUCCUACGGCUAG